AUGGUACAUACAACAGUUAUGUAUGAUGGACAACAAAUUCAAAUAAAUUUACCCGAUAAUCCAUCAUUAGAUAUAAUAUAUAAAUGUUUACAUGAACAAAUGCCAAGAACAUUUGAUUUACGUACACAUAUUAUUCAAUUAUUUGAUCCGAUUAUAGGAGAAUUUUUUGAUUUAAAUGAUGAUGGUCUUAAAUCAUGGUAUUGUCUUCCAUUUAAAGAAAAAACUCAUAUGCGUUUACAAAUAAUUCGUGCUGGUAUUAAUUAUGAUAAUACAAAUGAACAUGAAUUAAAUACAACUAAUAAUAAUAAUAUGUCUGAAGUUUUCAAAAAAAUUGAACAUGAUAUUGAUAAUUUAUUUAGUGCUAUUGCAAAUCUUCAAACAACGGCUAAUGGUAUUCGUCAAGAUUUUAAAUCAGCUCUUGAUAAAUAUAAUAAAUAUCAACAAGAAAAACUUUUAACAAAUCAAACAAAUAUAUCUAUGACACAAUCAGUUAUACAAAAUUUAAAUCGAUCACAAAAUAAUAAUAAUAAUAAUAAUAUGAUACGAGAAAAAAAUUCAUCAUUAAAAACUCAAAAUGGAAAUAUUGAACGACCAAUACGUUAUCCAGCUGAAGAUAUUCGAUUUAAAAAUAAACCACAACAAGAAAAUAUUAUUUCUAUUCCUGUUGUACAACAAGUUCCAUUAGUAUCAAAUGUUUAUCAAGAUGAUGAUGAAGAUGAUGAAGAAUUAACUGAACAUAAUAAUAGUACACCCAUUAGUCAAUCUGUAUCAACAGUUGAUAUUGAAACAUUAUUAUUAAAUGUUGGUGAAGAUUUUCAAGCACUUGUUUCAAUAGCUGUUAAUCCAUCAUAUUUCUUUGUUCAAAAUACUUUAUAUACGCAUGAUCUUGAAAAACUUGCUCAAAGCAUGAAUGAUUAUUAUUCAACAACUGAUCCACCAUCAAUACCUUUUAAACCAAUGGAAAUGAGUUGUUGUGCAGCUCGUUAUUCAGUUGAUAAUCGAUGGUAUCGUGCUCGAAUAAAACGAUAUAGUUCUGAAACAACUGUUGAACUUGUUUAUCUUGAUUACGGUAAUAAUGAAGAACGUAAUAUUAAUGAAUUACGUCCACUUGAUCCAGCUUUUGCUCGUUUACCUGCUCAAGCUAUUUGUGCAGCACUUGAGUUAUUGCCAAUCAAUGGUGAUAAUAAUAGUUCAUGGACAAAAAAAGCUAGUUUUAAAUUUCAUGAAGAUACUUUAACUAAACCACUUGAUAUACGUAUUAUUGCCCAACCAACAUUACAAUGGCCAAUGUAUUUUGUGCAACUUACAAUUGAUGAACAUACGGAUGUUGCUGAAACAUUAAUAUCAUUACGUCAUGGUCGACGAGCAUCACUUGCUGAAAUAGUACAAAUUGUUGGUCCUCGUCUUGAUCUUAAUGAUUAUGCUGCUUAUAAUUUACCAAAAGAAAUUCUACAACAAGCAACACAUCUCAUUCUUCCACAAAGACAAUCAGACAAUAUUUUACAUUUGUCCAAUGUUACGAAACAAGAUAGUGGCAUGCAGAGUAAAAUUUCAUCGAAUCAAUCUGGUAGAAUUUCACGUUCAAGUAAUCUUCCAUCAAUUAAUUUAAAUUUAAAUGAUAAUAUUAGUACAUGUACAAUAACAUCAAUAACAUCACCAUCACAUUUUUUUAUUCAAUUAACAGAAAAAAAUAAUUUCGAACAAAUAUAUAAUAGUGUUAAUGAAACAUAUCUUGAACGUAUAUCAUGUGAUCGUAUGACACGUUUAAAAAAUUUUUCAUUAAAUACAUUAGGUGUUGCAAGAAAUAAUCGUGAUCAACGUUUUUAUCGUGUACAAAUUAUAAAUCAUGAUCGUGAACGUAAAACACUUCUUGUACUUUGUUUUGAUUUUGGUGAAUAUAUAACAAUACAAGAAUCAUCAAUAUAUGAACUUAUACCUGAAUAUCAAAUAUAUCCACCACAAGCUAUUAAAUGUUCAUUAGGUUUAAUAAAUUCAAUAAAUGAAGAUUGGUCACGUGAAGCUAUUAAUUUAAUGAAUCGUUUUAUUGGUGGAAAAGGUUAUAAAACAUUUCGAUUUUAUUCAUUAAAUACAUCAAUACAAACAAUAAAACUUGGUGAUUCACCAUUACCUAUUAUAUUAUAUGAUAUAAAUACAUCAAUUAAUUCAAUAAAUGAACAAUUAGUUGAAAAAAAACUUGCAAUACCUGAUUCAAAUUAUAUAGAAUAUAUACGUAUUGCUAAUGAUGCAAUGAAUGAUUUAAAUGGUUAUAAAACUCAACGUAUAAGACAAUAUAUUGAAUCUCAAAGAAAUUAUACUCAACAACAAACUGAUAAAAUACAAACAACAUCAUCAGUUUUUAUUGAAAGAAAUCCAGUUGAUGUUCGAUAUGAACAACCACAAAAACAACCAAUAAAUAAUAAUCCUAUUAUUAAUACAACAAAUAUUGAACCAUUGCCUUUACCAGAAAAUGAAGAAAAUUUACCAUAUUGUCCACCUGUUGUUGAACCGGAACCACGACAUUGGUAUGCUGUUGAAGUAACACAUGUGAAAUCAGCUGGCGAAUUUUAUAUUCGAUAUCCAUUUGGUACUGAUACUUCACUUGGUCAAGGCAAUGAACCUGCUCUUUAUCCAGAAGAAAUCGAACCAAAUCAAAUGCUUAAUGAUCUUCAUCGAAAUAUGGCUGAUUUAUAUUCAACUGAACAACGUCGAGGUAUAUCAACAGCUGCUUCCUACUGUCGUGGUCAAAUGGUUGCUGUUCGUUAUCAAUCACAUUGGUAUCGUGCACGUGUAUUAGAAUUUAAACCAACAACAAAUUUUGCAUGGGUUCAAUUUGUUGAUCAAGGUGAAAUACGUGAAUUAGGCACAAAUACAAUGCGACCAUUACAUACACGUUUUCUUGAUUUACCAUUACAAGCAUAUUUAUGUCGUUUAGAUGGUUUUGAUGUAAAUUAUCCAUGGACAAUACAAGAUAAAGAUUUAUUUAAAAAGAAAAUACGUGAUAAAAUUUUAUAUGCAAGAAAAACUCAUGAACCAAAUUUUAUUCAACUAGUUGAAUUUGUUGAUGGUCAACUUAUUUCAUUUGAUUCAUUUUGGAAUACACUUCAUCAUUCACAUAAAUCAUCUGAAACAACAAAACCAAAUCAAUCAACAUCGUUAAAUCGUAAUAUACCUUCAACAUUAACAAAUGUUCAUUAUUCUCAACAAACAAAUGUGUCACAAAAAGUUAUUUUACCUAUGUCAAAUAAUGAACCACCUGUUCGUAAUCUUCAACCAGUAUUACCUGGUCUUGUUAAUUAUGGAAGUGGUUCUGAAUAUAGUCAAACAUCAUCAAUGAUGCCUAAGACAUCAACAAUUAAAAAAUCAAGUGGUGUAACUAUUCCACCACCACCACCACCAUCACAACCAUUAUCAUCAACAACAAGUAGACAACCAAUGCAAUUUAUAUCAGCUGGUUUUAAACAACCUGUUGAAUAUACACAUUUAUCACCUAGUGAACAAUUAGCACAAUUACAACAACAAGAAAGUCAUCGAAUUCAACCAACUAGUGGUUAUUCGAUUAAUAAACAUUUUCGUCAACAACAAUAA